CAUGUAUCUGUGCCAAAUUUGGUCAGGAAACUUAAUUUAUUUAUAUAUAAAGGUUUGCUUUCAACCUUGUAGCUGAGAUGGGAAGGGAUGUCGGCAUUCUGGUGGGUUUAGUUGUUGGAAUUGCCGUCGUAUUGGUGGGGAUUGCAGUGGUGGUGGCAUGUUCAUUUUUCUGCUUCCGGAAAUGGAGAAAGAAAAAGUUCCCGAUCACAAUCACCGCUUUUUAUCGAACCAGAUCGUAUGAAGAAGAGGUACCACCGACUCCAAGCAGCAUCCAAUCAGAAUCUGUCUAUUCUUUCGCCACGCCCUCUAUAGUGACGGAAGGGAUUAACCCAUCAGAUACGAUAGAAUUUUCUUACGAUAAAGCCGAGAGUCCAUAUAUAGAAUUACCAGCUGAUCCUAACGCAGAAAUUAAAGAAAAGACGGAAAAAUUUCGUUUCUUAGACCCAAAGCGCUCAAAAUCUUGGAAAAGUGGCUGGAUAGAUCGGGUCACCCAUAUGAUUGAAGCCACUGAAACUUAUUCCAGGGCUGCCAUUCGUAGAUUUUCUGAUUUUGUUUCAGAUCCUGGUGAAAACUGUGAUAGUGAGGGGUUAAACGAUAGAAAUGAGCAGUCAGAGGGAAUGUCAGAAGGACUUGUGGACAAUCUGUCAACAGGAAAAGAUAUCUACGCACGCGUGAAAAAAUGACAAAAAGCUACCUUCACUUUAAUCGUAGAAGCGCCAUUAUUUUUACCAUAUUUUUCUCUCAAGAGAAUUCAUUACCUGCAUGGUUGUUCAGCUGAAAGCACAAAUAUUUCUGAUAUGAUACAUUUCAUGUAACAUGAUAUUCUUACGUUGUGUUGUGAGUGUUCGCGUCAUUUCUGACACAUUUUAGAAUUCGUCCUUUAUAUUUGAUUUUCGUUUCAUUGCAUGGAUACAUUUUCCCGGUAUAUCACAGUAUAGAAUCUAGUUCAUAAUGAUGGAGGAAACAAUGGAAGGAUAUACAUUUAUUGCUCGUGUCAGUGUCUCCCGAGCUCCUAUGUCGGAGUUGUAUACAUUGUUAUGGUUGCAAGUUGAAAUGUUUUUUUUGUUGUUUAUAAUCAUAAAAUAAUGAUUAAAGAUUAAGAUGAUAAACGUGUGUAUUAUUCUGAGUUUUACGUGGAUUACUUGAUGUACGAUAUGUUUAUUAGGAGGAAAUAAAAAGUAUCUCUUU